GAUGUAAGAAGGUUGUUCUUCUGUGUUGAAAUCAUCUGGAUAAGUGAGCCUUGGAGCAUGAUGAGUAUGAGAGCAUCUCCUUUUCUCGAGUGAGUCUAGGAGGUUGCCGUGAAGUGAUGCUCUUUCUGGUCGCUUGAUCAAUUUCGCAGGACCCCAAUGACCCACAGAUGAUAAGUAAGAACGUCGCUUAUCUUUUCCCGCUUAUCUUUUCCCCCAUAAUCAAUCUUCAGGUCACAUCUUCUGUACUUAGGAGGAUCUGUACUUAUGAGCUAGAUUCUUGUUAGACCAUAUUCCCUUUGUUCACCAGUUGGGGUCUUUUCCGCUUGCAAUUUUCGACGUUGUACCGUUACCUUUGCUUGGAUUUUUGGGACUACUAAAUAAGAAUAACCACAAAAUGUCUACGUCAAACAUGAUCAAGGCGCCCAUCCGCAGUGGGCACACUGCUGUGGGGGACCGUAAUCUGAGCAUGAUGGAGGGCUUGUAUAAAAAGCUAUUGCGCAAUCUCUUCGGCGACUUCGUUGGGCAUUCUCUUCUCAAGCGCAAGUUCCUGCAGCAAACUCUUGGUAAUCCUUUGUGCAUGUUACAAGGCAAAAAACGGAAGAAACGAGGCGCGGCAAAAGGCGGAGAUUCGCCAAGAGGAGGGGAUGGAGGGGGCGGCGAAUCGGCAAGAGGAGGAGGUGAUCAGGGAUCUUCGGGAGGAGGUGAAAACGCGGCACUUGGUGGAGGGGAUAACGAAGAUGAGUCGCCUCUAGACGUCAUCGCGGAAGCUGAUGUAGCCUGGGCUAACGACGCUCUGGACUUGAUGCGGAGUGACAGUUCUCGUAAAAACAUUCUCAGUCGCAAGCUAUCCUAUGGAGGAGGCUGGUGGACAGCAUCUGGCAAGUGGAAAGUGGUGGACAGCAUACGAUCACAAAGACUGCGGGAAGAGGAAAAAAGAAAACGGGAACUCGAAAUGGAAAGAAAGGAGGCUGAGGAACGGUGGAGCGCAGAACAACAAAGAAAACAUAAGUCCAGUCUCACGUCGGCUAAAGAUGAGGACGACGGAGAUGAUGACGACGGAGAUGGGGGAGAUCAUGGAGGCACUACGUCAACUGGAGUUGUUGGCAAUAUGAUGGGAGGACCAGGUGGAGGACACUCUACAUCUACAGCAGGGGGUCCGCAUUCCGAAAUUGCUCCCUUCGCAACUCCAGCUGAGCUGCUGGUCUUAGAGUUAGGCUCGCUCACUGGUUAUGGGCUAUACGGGGAUGGAAAGCCACAUCCUGCGUCUGCUAGUGUUCUAUCACUAUCCCUACUAGAAGAUUUCACGCGUUUGGAGCCGUUUGACCUAAACACACCAGAAUGUCUGCCGUUUCCGAACCGAUAUCGCGGAGUCUCCUUGGCAGCUCGCCAAUUGAGGUCGAUUGUUAUGGCUUCGUGAUUUUCUCUCUCUUCAACGAAUCCAUGACCAAUGUAAAUCUAGUUCUUGGCAUACGUAAAUGCUUAUAAGUAUCCAAAUUCUGCUCUUGAAAGACCAGGAACUACCUGAACGUACAAGUAGAAGAAGAGCGAAAUGAAGAAGAGACUCGGGAAGUAGAUACGAAGUAGAAUUAUAUCAUAAUUAAUACGUAGAUGAAAUAUUAUUUAGAGAGAUGAAAUUCCUAUGAUCGUCCGCGACCUCCUCAGAAAAAACUACUGUCAUUUUUUCUGUACUAUUGAAGCCUCUAAUCUGCAAGCCUACGAGUCUCGAUGGCAUAAGUUGGAGCAACUCCACACCCUCAACGACCUUAAUUGGCUCUCUGAUCAAUUUGUAUUCCUCCACCUGAGUCGCGAAUACAAGGAACUAGGCCUGUGUCUCGCCAUCGAUCCUGCCACGGCAAGAGCCAGAGCGAAUGGAGGAGCGAAUUCAGGUAGCACGACACCACGAGGAGAACAGAAUGCUGCGACGUCAGGCGGUAACUCUGGAGGCAUCAAUGGGGGAGAAAACCAAGGUGCAGCCGGGGAAAAUCUUCUGCAAAUUAUGGCUGUCACGGACGAGGUGGGUGGAACCGCCUCAACAGGGGUGAACCCCCAUGGGACCACGCCUUUGCAAGGCCUUUCUGGACUAGUGCCUAAUCCCAGCAACGGGGUAGGUUAUGAACAAACGGACACGCUUGUGGAUGAGGUCAAAAUUUAGGGAAAAUUUUUAGGGGAUAUUAUUAUGGUUCCCUGUAAUUUUCCCUAAUUUUCCCUAUGUGGGAGGUUUAAGCGUGUCCGUUUGUUUCUAAGUAGGCUCUCCACCAGCAGCAGUUAUGGUGAACCCCGACGCGGACUUUGAGAUGGAUUCCGAUGCUUUUCCUGCUGGCGAAUUUGGUUGGAUCAGUUUGCAGGAACUGCAAGCCAUUUGUGGCGCGUUUCUGGAGUUGAGGUUUCCUACCAGAGACCUAAUCGCCGAACGAAACCAAUUGACGCAGGCUAUGUUCUUAAAGGCUUUGGAGAUCGCGUUUUCCCGGACGCCUUUGGUGCAAGUGAGAACGACGCCAUUAGAAGUGAGUUUUGACACCGCGUGUGUGGUAAUGGAGAUAGCGAGGAUUUUGUGGCUCAGGUUUCAAAAAACAGGUGGUUGGAGUGCCAGAGAAGUGACGGUUCUGGAAACGAUUUUUCCGUAUGAUGAGGUACUCAACAGUUGGAGACAAGAACUGAAGUCUUCUUACACUAAUCUUACACUAAUAGUCUUCUUACACUAAUCUUCUUUCUUUAGCAAUUAUACUGAUUGUACUCUUUAGCAAUUAUAUACUGAUUAUAUUUGCACUUGUGGACGAGGUGUAAAAAAUUCUAUAUGUUGGAUACCUCGACAAUAUUAGGUUUAUCCCGUGCAACAAUAUAUAGAUACAUCUUCUUCUUUCCUCGUCAUGAAGGUGAAGAUGCAAUAGCAAUUCUACAAACUACUACGACAUCCUGCUUGUUCUAGUACUACAAACAAUAACUGAAACUCCGCGCAACGAAACUCCAGGUCGUCUCCAGCAAAGUCUUUGGGAUUUUAGAGCGUGGUGGCCUUCCUAUGGAAGCAGGUGAGGAACAAAUUGGCUUCAUCAACUUACUCCGAGAGUCCGAUCUCAACUUAAGGCUCGAUACUUAAUUCAUUUCCAAGGGUUAUCUCAUCCAGUGCUCAACAUUUUCUUCGGCUUCAUCCCUCCUCUUUUUAGGAGAGUUUUAUCGAAGAAAUGUCUUCAGCCUGAAGAAAUGUAAAAAUGAAUCGUCUUGAGCUCAUCUAAUCAACCACGAUGGCAUCACAAGCUUCUCAGAGUUCUGUUUUCUGCUGAAACGCUUUGACGAUACGCUGAGAAUGCAAGAAUCAGCUAGGUUUGCGGAAGCGGGAUACCUCGACUUGCUACCUGGGACCUUUACGGAUGAACUGUUUUACGUUCUGAGAAAAUAUUUGGGGAAGGAGAAGACAGGUGGAAGUGGUGGUGAUGGAUCUGGCCUUGGAUCCUCGGAUCAGAUGGAAUUGUUCACGUUCACUGACUUUCGAGACUUGUUCGGAAAAAUGGGAAUCGAUCAGAUGACGCGUGAAAGACUGCGGCAAAUCGACCGUCUAGCCACUGAGCUGGAGAUCGACGUGCGCGCGAUGGAUGAGCACACUCUGGUAGCACUGCUGGGAGCGGCGUUUCAAACGUACUUACACUGUUGAUUGGCUUCAUGCUAGGUAGAAGUAGUCACUGUAAUUAAUAUCCAAGUUUUUAAUAGAGAUGUUCUCUACCGCCCUAAGACACAUCUUUGCUGUGAUCAUUGUAAUUCCAACCUGAUGUAGUUGAUCAUCAUGAAAAUACAGGACUCUUCCAAAAUUAACAGGAAUUGUGGCGACAUGGCAACUUUAGUUCGCCAGUGGGCGUUUGAGAAGCACCGCAAGCGUUUAGGCCGUAACGCACCACGCGCCGACACCUUAACCAAACCCAAAGCCCGUGUGUCCGGGAUGGAAAUUCUCGAUAACGUUCUUUCCCAGGACUUCACCACUGAUUGGUGGGCCACUGUUGCAGUUCGGACCCAGAAACUCUCUGUCCUCGAACAUGAGAUGCCGCGUUUUUUGAACAGCAAAGUUCAUGGUAGUAGUACGCUCUCGUCUGGACCGAAACGUAACUCGUCCGCAUCUAAUACCGAAACCCUGUUAGCUCAAAGUGGUUUCGCAAUGCGCAUGUCGUCGGAUCCGUUAUGAAGGAUCGUUCAUAAUGCGGAUAUGCAGUGGUUAAGCCAUUCUUAGAAUUAUACGGGGUGUUUUUUAGCGUAGGAAGAUCGAUCAUGAUGUGAACACGGAAAUAUCUUCGUAGUGAAAAACAUACACAGUGAGUAGUCACGCUGUAGCACUAGUUGUAAGGACAUUUUUCAAUCACAGCAACGAACAUGAUUCCUUUUAAGAUUUAGAUUUUCCAUGAAUACUAACAACUACACAACAUGUAGAACUACACGAAGAUGAAAUCUAGAAGUAAUCAAAUCGGUUUUCCAAUCAUACUGGUGACCUAGUAUAAAUGAAUCCUCGAUUGUAUCCAUUUGAUUGAAAUGAACUCUACUAUCGAAUUUGCGCACUUGAUGAGUCGCAUGAUCGUUCUUCGUACAGAUUCUUACGACGAAGUCAAAGAUUUGUGAGAACAUGAUGUACCACAACAAUCACUAGUGAAAUUGAGAAUGCGGAAGCUUUGUCUCAAGAAAAGACAU